AUGUGGCGGUCGUUCUCGUCGCUCAACUCGAUGGCGCCGCCGGCAAUGUCCGGAAGGAGGCUGCUGACGGCGGAGAACGAGACGGCGAAUCGGCCCGAGGAGGAGGAAGUUGUUGAGCGGCCGGCGGACCCGGCAGCCUUGGCGCAGUUGCAGGCGUUUAUGGAGUGGGUGACGACGUCGAACGUGUUUUCGGUCGGUAUCAUGCUGGUGAUCAUCUUCAACGCCGUGGUCAUUGCCAUCGAGACAGACCGGACCGUGCGUGAGAACAACGCCAAGUUCUUUGCCGCCAUCGACUGGGCCACCAUCACCCUCUACUCGCUCGAGUUUGUCUUUAAGCUCAUCGCCCGUCCGCUCGGCUACUGGGAGUCGGGCUACAACCGGUUCGACUUUUUCAUCCUCCUCAUUUCAUACGUCCAACUGCUCUUUGCCUCGGCCUCGGUCCUCGGCGAGUUCACCUUUCUCCGUGUCAUCCGCGCCCUCCGCUCGCUCCGUGCCCUUCGCUCGAUCUCGUUUGUGCGCUCGCUGCAAAUCCUUGUCCAGGCCUUUUACAAGACUCUGGGCGACAUUGUCUAUCUCCUUGGCUUGCUCUUCCUCGUCAUCUUUGUCUACGCCAUCAUUGGCUACUACCUGUUUGGCUACGAGGAGUAUCACGACCGCGAGCGGUGGGGAACCCUCGGCGACGGCAUCAUCUCGCUCUUCACCUUUGUCACUGUCGACGGGUGGACUGCGCUCCAGGCUAAGCUUGACGAGAUCUCCAAGGCCUCGCGGCUAUACACUGUCUCGUUCAUCCUAGUUGGCCACUUUAUCUUUGCCAACCUCUUCAUCGGUAUCUUUGUCGAGCGCCUCGACCGCUCUGCCGCCGAGGACAAGGCCGCCAUGAAGCGGAUCAAGCUUGAGCAGUACCGCAAGAAGAAGGCUCUCAUUCUCGAGCGCCAGCAGCGCGACUACGAGGUGCUCAUCGAACGCACAAAGACGCUCUCACCCGAGCAGAACGUCCAAGACAUGCUCGAGCUCAUGGCCGGCUCGCUCCGCCACGACGAUCUCGUGCCCAUGACCAACCUCACCUGCAAUCUCACUUGGCUCAACACCUACCUUGCCACCAUGUCGUACCACGAGAACACCGUCUACCGCCUUCAGCAGCUGCAAUACGAGCUCAUCAACGUCAUGUCCGAGCUAGUUGAGCGCCGGUUGGCUGCGCAGCUUCCGCUGUGAGCCCGUUCACUCGGCCAUGACAUGGGGUGUGCUGUUGUACUUUUACCGACUAGCCUUAGUUUGCUGCGUUGGCCAGGAGUGUCGCCGCGUACGUCCACCGCGCGGCGUCGAUCGAUGACGAUCCCGACAACGGCGGCGAGGUGUAGACCCACCCGAGUGCGCUGUCGAUGCGCGUGUACCCGUUGCUGUUCGCGUAGGCGAUGCCUUCGGCCGACGCCACCGUGAGGUAGUCGUGCCGCGAUGCAGAGUAAAACAGCUGCAGCGGGACGGUACCCGGCGCUUCCAACGCGAG